AUGAGACCCACUCAAUUACUGAAAGCCACGCAUCACAAACCGAUGAUUCAUUUCCUAGGUCAACGGAAGAAGAUCCCUCAUGCCCCCCACGCACCGGCAGCUCACCCAAUGGCACCCAAAGAAAUAGUAGAAGAUUUCCAAUCGUUCCUCGCCAAACUUCAAUCAUCCUCUGAUGGACCUUCCAACCCCUCUUCAAACCCUAAAGCUCAAUCGCCAAGUGAUAGUGCGAAAGGUAUCGUACGUGAUCAAGAAUCAAAGAACACUCAGAGUCAAUCAAAGGGAAGUGGGAAACCGGUAGAUUAUGAGAAUUUCUGGGAGGCUCCAGGGUAUUUGUGGAGUACCAAGGAGGUGUCGGAGAGGGAGUUGGAAGCUGUCAUGAGCGGUGGUGCAACCGACAUCCGAAGUGGACCAUAA